AUGGCCCUCCACAUGCCAGAGCCCACGGUCCCGCCGCUGCCGCUUCUCGAUUACAAAGUCCUCUCUUUUGACGUCUACGGCAGUCUAAUCGAAUAUAAAGCCCACAUUCUGGACUCGUUUCAACCCCUCCUCUCUCGUCUCCCGCCUUCAUCACCGUUUCUCAAUUCCACCCCAUUGACCACGACGGUUCCUGACUCCGCCUCCGUGGGCUCUAUUGAGUUUCUGAAGCUGUUUCAACGCCAGGAAGACGCCAUUAAGCUUGAGAAGCCCGUGAAACGAUUCGAUGAAAUUCUAGCCGAGAUAUGGAGGCGGAUCGCCACGGAACUGGGUGUUCAAAGCAGCGACGACGAAGCAAGAACAUUUGGAAGCGAGGCUGUGAUUUCCGCCUGGCCGACGUUUCCGGGAACUCUGGAUGCAUUGAAACGAUUAAGCAAGCACUACAAACUUGUGGCGCUUUCGAAUAUUGAUCACUUUGCCUGGGAAAUCACUGCACACUCGACCGCAAGUCGCCUCGGAGAAGUGAGCUGGUGGAAAGUCUUCACUGCAGAGGAUUUCGGCGACGACGCGACUCGCGCGGAUGAGGCGAAACUGGAGACUCUGAUCCAGUAUUGCACCGACCACGGCGUGAAGAAAGAAGAGAUGCUUCAUGUUGCACAGAGCCUUGGUCACGACCAGGCCCCUGCAAAGAGGUUAGGAUUAAGUUCUGUGUGGUUGAUUGGGGAUGGGCCCAGAUGGGGAAAGGAGACAGAGAGUAAAAUGGCACUGGAAAAGCGGUUGGUCGGAUACGCGUGGAGGUUUCGGAAUCUGAAGGAGUUUGCGGAUGAGGUCGAUAGGGUGGCCAGGGGGUAA